CUCCUAUCGACACGGACGAGCAACUGCUGUCCUUUUCGUGCUUAUACCGUACCUACUUCGCUAAUCGUAAUGGACAUUUCUAUUUUAUCCACUUCUAAACUUCCUCAUUACAGUUUUCGUUUUGGAUAGGUCUGGUGUACAGCUUACUAUAUUUUUCUAAGAUAUACAGAUCAGUUGAAAAAUAUGAAACGAAUGCAAAUUUUUAAAAAGUUUUUAAAAAAGUUUCCCUAUCAAGAAAGCAGGAGUUAUUAAGCAGUAAAUUAAUUUCAAAAGCCAUAAGCAUCAGAUUAUGAGCAGUACCGUUCAGAGCGCCACUCUAACAUAAAGCUAUCCAAACACAUUAUCGCACUAACGGGAGGUUCAUAAGCGCAGGUCGUUGAAAGGCGAGAUAAGUCACCCAGGCCGCCUGGCCCAGUUUAUCGCCUGUGUUCAGGGGGUAUAGGGCGGAGUUUGGAGAGACAUCGUCAGAACAGGCGUGCAGGAAAAAGCGCUGGGCGCUGGGGUUCAUAUGCUUCGCAACUGUUGGCAGCGCUGAGGAUGCCGAGAGGGGAGAUGACGAAGCCGCUGCUGAGGAACCCGCUGGAGACCGAGCAGGCGCUGCCCGAGCCCGGCGGCCUGACCGUGGGCAUUCUGGGCAGCGGGGACUUCUCCCGCUCCCUGGCCCUGCGCCUCGUGUCCUCGGGGCACAGGGUGGUGGUGGGGAGCCGGCACCCCAAAAGGCACGCGGGUCUGUUCCCCGCCGCCGCCGAGGUCACCACGCAGCAGGACGCCGCCGGCCGGGCCGACGUGGUCUUCGUGGCGGCCUUCCGCGAGCACUACGCCACGCUGUGCGGCCUGAAGGAGGCGCUGGCGGGGAAGGUGCUGGUGGACGUCAGUAACAACGCCGAGCUGAACCUCCAUCAGCAGUCCAACGCCGAGCACCUGGCGGAACUCUUCCCAGAGUGCACGGUGGUGAAGGGGUUUAACGUCCUCUCUGCGUGGGCGCUGCAGUCGGGUCCUAAAGAUGGCAGCAAGCAGGUGCUGCUCUGCGGUGACAGCGGCGAGGCCAAGAGCACGGUGGCUCACCUGGCCCGUGCCAUGGGCUUCAUCCCAGUGGACAUGGGGUCCCUCCCGUCCGCCCGGGAGAUCGAGAACAUCCCCCUGCGCCUCUUCCCCUCCUGGAAGAGCCCCGUUCUCUGCACCCUGGGGCUCUUUUCCUUUUUCUACGCCUACAACUUCGUCCGGGGGGUCAUCCACCCCUACGUCACCAAGGGUCAGAACAGCUUCUAUAAAAUCCCGGUGGAGAUGGUCAACGUGUCCCUGCCCUGCGUGGCCUACGUCAUGCUGUCCCUGGUCUACCUGCCUGGGGUCCUGGCAGCCUUCCUGCAGCUGCGCCACGGCACCAAGUACCGGCGCUUUCCCGACUGGCUGGACCGCUGGCUGCAGCAGAGGAAGCAGAUCGGCUUGCUGAGCUUCCUCUGCGCAGCUCUGCACGCCGUCUACAGCCUGUGUCUCCCCAUGCGCAGGUCUGCGCGCUACCGCCUGCUCAACGAGGCCUUCAAGCAGGUCAAGGCUGGCCAGGAGAGCGUCUGGGUGGAGGAAGAAGUGUGGAGGAUGGAGAUCUACCUGUCCUUUGGCAUCCUGGCCCUGGCGGUGCUCUCGCUGUUGGCGGUCGCCUCGCUGCCCUCGGUGGGGAACGCGCUGAACUGGAGGGAGUUCAGCUUCAUUCAGUCCAACCUGGGGUACAGCGCCCUGCUGAUCGCCACCCUGCACACGCUGGCGUUCGGCUGGAGGAGAGCCUUCGACCCCGACCAGUACAGAUUCUACCUGCCGCCCACCUUCGCCGUGGCCCUGGCGCUGCCCUGCGCCGUGCUGCUGGGCAAGGUGUGCCUGCUGCUGCCCUGCGCCAGCCUGCAGCUGACCAGGAUCCGCAGGGGCUGGGAGAGGGGGCAGCAGAUCCGGUUCCGGCUGCCCGAGGACGGUGCCGCCCUAGAGGACGUCAGCAACGUCUGACUGGGGAGGAGGCAGUGCCAAAACAGCAAGCGUGCCUUCCUGACGGGCGCCAUCGCCUCCCGGCAGCGCAGCCCAGAGCAAACCCUGCCUGACGGACGACACCAGAACCGCUGGCUUGGCUGUGCUUCGUGCCUGUCCCUGCUUGAACUGCGUUCGAGUCCUGCAGUCCUGCCCUUUCUUUCUUUUGUUCACUGGCCUGUCGACACCCGGGAGAUGUUUAUGUUUUUUUUUACGUUUUAAAAAAAGCUGAAUUACUUUAUCAGCUGGAUCACCAGUUGCUGGGCCCAGUAUCUGAGAUACAAGCAAGCGCGUGGGUUUCUGGUCCUGUGUUUCAGUUCGGCUGUGACGUAACCCCUGUCUUCGGUGAUGGCAAACCACAGUGAAGUGAAUGCCCUUUUCCAGCAGCUUCCCACGAUUCCGCCUGCUGCUGCUCCCCAAAAGGCCCUUGAGCUGCUGUCAGCCUCUCGCUUUCAUUCGAAGUAUGACGGGCUUUAUCUGGGUCAGGAAACACAACAGAUGACUUUGCUCUGCGCAGCGCUGUGAGGUAAAAACACUGUCCUUGCCUGGAAGAAUGAACUAGAAUCCCACGUCUCCAAAAUCAUUCGAACAGUGCUCGUUUCUGACGCGUUAACACCAAGCAGCCCGACUGUAACACUAAGAUGGACUUUGCUACUACAGUUAAUUUUAGAAUGUACUUCAAUCUCAGACUUCUUGUAGUCCCGACUGAGUAGGUUUUCAGAGACAUUUUCCCAGGAUAGCCUGGAGCCCAGGGCUGGGAUGGAGAUCCGUCUCCCUUGUUACAGAAAUGUCUCCAUUUAUAAAGCGACACGUUCACUUCUGAUAACGUCUGCAAACGUACCCCCCCUCCCCCGUGGAGUAGGGGGAGGACGAAGAUGCCUUCCAGAGUCUUCUGGCCUCAGAGGCAGGACUUGGUAAGGCGCAGUAUCUAGAGGAGCUGCGGCCAUGACUUCUGUAGACACUGCAGUCCUCUUGUUUUUUUUACAGCCUGUGUGCCCUGCUUUAAAACCCACCCCUUCGGGCCUUUCAUCGGAAUGUUUAAAAAAAACGAGAAGGCGGUUUUGCUCCAAAUCCCGUCUCCCGCUGGAGUACUGGGGAAAGGGUUAUCUAAGAGUUGUUCAGAGAAUGAUAUUCUAUGAAAUAUAAAAUGGUCUCGUUGGCAUGGGUAGGCUUCAAGUUUCGUUCAUGUGCAGAACGGGUUCCUAAAAUUAACUAUACGCAUUUAUAAAUGAUAUUAAUGAAAAAAGUUUAAUAUAAUGUUUGUACUCUGAGAGUCUUAUAUCUGUUACACAAAUUCUAUUUUAUUUAUCCUGCCUAGAUCUCAAAAUAUGCUACCAUUGUCGGUACAGUACAUGGACUGCAAAGUAUUAGUAGAAGGCAUUAAAAAUCAAGACUGCUGGACAUUAGUACUGCUUGUUAGCAGUAAGUGUUUAUAUUUUCAGCUAGAGGUUAUGCUUUAAUUAGUAGGAAAACUGCAAAACAGCCUUUGAUUCUGAAUGUGGCUCUCAAACUUUACAAGAGCCUGGUAUGUUUUUUUUACAAGCAUUCUUUCUUUUUACACUUAAUAUAAUAAUAUAUUAUACACUUAAUAAUCAGUUUCCCUACGGGAUUAAUAAAGUCUGAUCUAUCAAAUAUGCAGUCAUCUUUGCUGGUUGGUAAAACCAAUUUUUGAGCACUGAUAGACUAAACACAUUUUAUAUUUUUGUCUACCUUGCAAAGACAAAGCAUGUCUGUUGUCUUCAUCAGGAUGUUACAUGAAUGUUGUAUUUAUGUGCAAAAAUCAAAAUUCAGGGUUUCAUGUUUUAAACAGUAUCUGGUGUUCUGCUUACUGUUAUGUUACUUGCCUUUUGCUUGAGUUGAAUGGAGAUCCGUGUGCUUAUUUUGCAAUAAAGUGGAUGCUUUUCAUUA